AUUCACACCCAGAAGAAAGGAUCUCAAUUCCUUGCCCCAUUUCCUCUUGCCUCUGAAGUAAAGCCCCUCUCCAUACUAUAAGAGAGAUCAAGUAGUAUUGGGGAUGGCAGUCAGCUACAAGUAUUGGGAUGAUUGUGUUGAUCCUGAGGACAUGAGGGAAAUGUGGGAGGAAUUUGAAGUCAGCACUGAAUGGCUAGAUGCUGGAGAAGAAAAAGGGCAGAAAGUUCAUCUCUCAAGGGAUCCUGAUGGAGAGCCUUUUUUGACUCCGACUGAGAUGAAGGCUGUUGCCAAUAUCAUUGUUGGAAGACAUUUCGAUUCACAGAUUGAUCCGGAUAUGAUAUGUGCCAUUUGUGAACUGGAAAGUGACAGACAGCUCCUUUCUAUGCGAAUCGAAAAGAAGUCUAAGGUUACUACUCAAGGUCUCAUGCAAAUUUCAACAAAAACUGCUGAUUGGCUGUUUAGUGAGAUGGGUUACAGAGCAUAUGAUGUGCAAGAAAAUCCAGACCUUCUGUAUAGGCCCUUUGUAAGUGUAUAUUUUGGAGCUGCUUACCUGAUUUGGUUGUCAACCUAUGAUGGAAUAGAAAGAGGGGAAGAAUAUAUUGUCAGGGCAUAUAACGGUGGUACGAAAAGGGCUACUCACAAAUCUACAUUGCCAUACUGGAAAAGAUAUAUUUCAGUUAGAGACAGUCUUCCAUCAAGAAAGUACUUGGAUGAUGGUUCUUCACAGAGUACUGACUAUUGGGAUGGUAGAACUUUACCUGAAGACAUGGAAGAGAUGUGGAAUAAUCCUGAGGUUUCCAAAGAGUGGACAAAAUCAGGACAAGCAAUGGGAAAAGUGCGAUUUUCUUAUGAUGCAAAGAAUAGACCCUAUAUUUCCAAAGUGGAAUUGAAGGCUGUAGCAGAAAUCAUUCUUUCCAAGCACCUCAGUACAAAGGCUAUUAAACCUACAGUUCUUUGUGCUCUUGCUGACAUGGUUAGCAAUCGUUUUGUGAAUGGUGUUGAACAAAAACCUGGCAUUAUGGGAAUCGACUACUCUACAGCUUUCUGGAUUUACAUGGAGCUGGGCUACAGGGCUUAUAAAAUUGAGUGUGCGGAAGAUCUAAACAAGCCAUUUGUGUCUAUGUACUUUGGUGCAGCCUAUUUGGCUUGGCUAUCAGAAUAUGAAGGAAGCGAAAGAACUCAACAAUUUAUUGUUCAAGCUUAUCUUGCUGGGCCAAAGAAUGUUAAUCUUAGGGAAACUAGUCCUUCUUGGCUUAAGUUUGAGCAAGCCUUAGCAAACUAUGAAGGCACAAAAAGAUCACAAGGGAGCUGCACCAUCUUGUAAGCUGAGGAAGUUACAGUUUGCAAUUUUUAUCCACAUGGAUUUUUGGUCCCAGCCUUUAGAGUAAUAUUUGGUCUACAUGCAUGAUAAGGGGCCAUGAAGUAGUGCAGCUGUUAAGAAUGGGGAUAUUUGCUAUGUAUUUUUUUUCCUGCUCUGUGUCAUAGAUAGUUGGCAGAGAAAUUUCUCUAUUCUGAAAUACAUCUAGUUUGACAGCAAUUCUGUAUUGGUGAGGCAUUAUUUUUAGCUUGUUGCAAUGACUGAAUGUGAUUUGAAGAAAGCCCUGAUAAUGUAUUGCGGCACAAUCAAUGUAACACAAAGAUCUUAUUUUAUUAUAGGGCUAUAUUUGAUCUGAGCCCAAAUAAGACCCA